GUUCAAGGCGCGUUCUACGCCAAGCCGCCAGAUAUCAAUUCUCUGCCACAUCUGGAUUCUUGGCACAUGCCGCGCAAGAUCAAGCUGCAAUGGGUGACACAGUUGCCCGCGGCGGCCAAGCGCAGUUACCGCAAGAGGGACAGGCGGAUGAGGAUCAUGCGCUUCGCACUCAAGGCCAAGAAUAUGCGCAUCGCCAGUCUCCUGACGAAGCUCGACACGCUUCAGCACGUCCUGGCGCUGGCGAAGGAGCGUGACAACGACCUGAAAACGUUCCAUGAUACGCACAUUCAGAAGCUGGAGGACGAGGACACGUCAG